AGGUUAGGUCGCGGGGGCAGUAGCUUCAGCAGGGACGCCUAGACUUCCCUCUCUCCCAGCCACUUCAUCCAGCUCUUCCGGACGUAUCCCAAGGCAUUCCCAGGCAUAGUCUCUCCAGCGUGUCCUGGGUCAUCCCCGGGGAUCCCCUCCCAGUGGGACGUGCCCGGAACACCUCACCAGGGAGGCGUCCGGUGAGGCAUCCUAAUCACAUGCCCUAGCCACCUCAUCUGGCUCCUUUCAAUGUGGAGGAGCAGCAGUUCUACUCUGAGCCCCUCCCGGAUGACCGAGCUUCUCACCCUAUCUCUAAGGGAGAGUCCGGACACCCUGCGGAGGAAACUUAUUUUGGCUGCUUGUAUCCGGGAUCUUGCUCUUUCAGUCACGACGCACAGCUCGUGACCAUAUGUGUGGGUAGGAAGGUAGAUCGACCGGUAAAUUGAGAGCUUCGCCUUUCGGCUUUGCUCCUUCGUCACCCCAACGGACACAAAUUCCGCAUCACUGCAGACGCUGCACCGAUCCGCCUGUCAAGGUCCCUUUCCAUUCUUCCCUCACUGGUGAACAAGACGCCAAGAUACUUGAACUCCUCCACUUGGGGAAGGAUCUCCCUUUUCUGACUGAGGACCAUGGUCUCAGAUUUGGUGGUGCUCAUUUUCAUCAGAAUCAGAAUCAUCUUUAUUUGCCAAGUAUGUCCAAAAACACACAAGGAACUUUUCUCCGAUAGUUGGAGCCGCUCUAGUACGACAACAGACAGUCAAUUUACAGAACACUUUGGAGACAGAAAGACAUAGACAAAAAAAACAAACAAAAAAAACAGUCACUGAGCAGUAAAGGGUUGCUAGUUAUCUAGUAAUGCCGGUACAUUAAAAAAAAAAAAAUAUUUUGACAAUUGUGCAAAAAGAUGCAGAGUCCUCUCGCAAUUACAGCAGUUCGAAUGACUAAUAUUGCAAUAGUCCAGUGCAAUGCAUCACAGCCACUUCACACUCGGCUGAGAGUUGGAGAUCAUGGCUUGAUGAAGCCAACAGAACCACAUCAUCUACACAAUCCAUAUUUAUUUAUCAAAGCAAAUUUUAUUUUAAAAAAGUGCAUUGAACCUUUCUAAGAAAACUAGGGGGCUGAUCAAAAUCUUUACACCUUCUAAGCCAAUUGCGUUGACAUCUGUGGUCAUGAAGUCCUUUGAACGUCUCGUGCUGGACCACCUUAAAGAGCGUCACAGGUCCCCUCCAGUUUGCCUACCGAGCGAACAGGUCUGCGGAUGAUGCAGUCAACAUGGGACCGCACUUCAUCCUACAACCCCUCGACAGUGCGGGCACCUACGCGAGGAUCCUGUUCGUGGACUUCAGCACAGCGUUCAACACCAUCAUCCCUGAACUCCUUUCAUCCAAGCUUCUCCAGUCCAGGAAUCAGUUUGAUGGUUCAAUGGUUUGAUGCUGCUACAAAAAAGGACGAACUCCGUCUGCAACGGACAAUCAAAACUGCUGAAAAGAUUGUCGGUACCACCCUACCCACCCUUGAGGAAUUGCACGCUGCCAGAACUAAGACAAGAGCAUCCAAAAUCCUCUUGGACCCUCCACAUCCUGGUCACCAGCUUUUCCAGCUCCUUCCCUCAGAGAUACGAUGCUGCUCUCAGCAAGCCUGCUGAUUGGCUUGCUGUGCCUGAGCCACACGGGUGCUGUGAUGGGUUUCGCUCAGCUGCUGAACAACGCUGAAUUACGGUCGGCUUUCUCAGUCGCACGAACCAACAGCAUGGAAGGUGGACCCAAGAUGACGGUGAUCUUUGACACGGUCUACGUCAACAUUGGUGGAGAUUUUGACCCCAAAACUGGCUUGUUGCACUGCCGCAUCCCUGGGGCCUACUACUUCUCAUUUACAGUGGGAAAGUUCCCCCAUAAAGACUUGUCUGUGAUGCUGAUGAAGAACAGAAAUGAGGUGCAAGCCAUUGUGUAUGAAGAGAAUGCUGGAGAGGAGAGGAAGGUACAGAGCCAGAGUAUCAUGGUGCAGCUGGAAUUUGGUGACACCAUCUGGCUCCGUCUCCAUGGGGAUCCGCGCUAUGCCCUCUAUAGCAACACUGGGCACUACACCACCUUCAAUGGUUACCUCAUCUACCCUGACACAUACGACUACCAGGCACACCGCUCGCAGCAGCACCAUCCAGCCUAUAACUCCCAGAAGCUUCAACAGGACAACAUGCCAAUGUGGAAUAGUCACCAGGCCACAGUGGAUGUUGGGUCUGAUCUGAAGAACACGGUGGGCGAGAUGGAGCCACGUCGGGAUGAUGACGAGGAGCAAGAGGAAGACCCACAAUCUGCUUUCUCAGUGGGGCGUACACAGAGUAUAUUAGGAGUGAAUAAGAUGGGUAUGUCACAGCACAAGCCAGUCAGCUUUGACACGGCGUUUGUCAACAUCGGGGAGGACUUCAACUUGACGGAGGGGAUCUUCAAGUGCCGUGUUCCUGGUGCGUACUAUUUCUCGUUCAACAUGGGCAAGCUUCCUCAGAAGACUCUUUCCGUCAAGCUGAUGAAGAACCACCUGGAAGUGCAGGCAAUGAUCUAUGAUGACAGCCCCGGAGAGAAAGCUCUGCAGAGUCAGAGCUUGAUGCUCUCGCUGAAAGCAGGUGACAUCGUGUGGCUCUACUCCCACCAGAGAGAUGGCUUUGGAGCUUACAGCAACCACGCCAAAUACAUCACUUUCACUGGCUUCUUAGUGUACCCAGACUUGCCCGCCACAACUGCUAUUAAUGCCACCGGUCAGUCACAUGCAGAAAAGAAGCCCUAGCUACAGUGUCUUCGCUACAAACUAAAUGUUGAGGGUGGAAUUCAUGCCAGUUGGUGGGCAUUAAUGAUUAUUCAUGGCAUACUUCCUCUUCCUGUGAAUUCCUUUGUUAUGUUACAAAGACCUUGGACUGAAAGCAGAGCUUGAUUGAAUGAAUGAUUAUCUCCAUAAGUUCCAGUCAAGGGCCUCCAAAGAUGAGACUUAAUGGUUUUUCCUUAUACUGUGUUGUCGUUCAGACUGUGGUUGAAGGGUUAGUGGUUGAAUGUCAUGAAAACAUCAUUACCUCAUAUUCAAAUCAUUAUUGUCUCACAUCGAACUGAACAAAGCACAGCUGAAUUUACUUCCAACUGUAGUUUAAUGUCAUUAAAUGGGGUGGCACAUUUUUUUAAGUCCUGAAACUUCACUCUGGGCCUUUGGUCAUGUGCACAAAUGUGAGCCAACCUCCUCAGUUUUUUAAACAGCUAUUCAACUCAAAAAAGUAAGGAAGGACCAAUGUUUAAUUUUGAAUUUAUUGUGUCUAGUGUUUCUGCCCGUAAGUCUUCUUUUUCAUUCCAUUUACCAAAACACAACAAAAAUGUCAUUGUUGACAAAAAUGAUGAUUCCCAUUUUAAGUGUCACUCACACUUUAAAAGAGCCCCAAGGACAGCUGAGGACAAAACUAACGUAACGCCUCCAUAUUCAUCCCUUAUGCGUUGUUGACCACACGCCAUGACUGAGCCUGUGGAAGUGGGCAGUGUCAUUUGAUUUCUAAUGAACGACAAGAGUAAGUCUGAAAUGCACCAGUCGGAAUAAAGUGUUGAAAGUGCAGUCCUUCCAUUUUAAAGGUGAUGGGAUAAAAGUCAAAUAUUUCAUUUCAACCUUUUCUUAAAGUAAUUCAUUCAAGCACCCAUGCAAAGAGGAGAAUCAAUCACCAUAUCAGAAGGCUCAGGCACUCGAAGGGAUUUUACAAAUCAACAUGUUUUUAUGACAUCAUUUAAAAACAAGAUUCAAUAUUUGUAAGAAAAAGAGCAACAAUGGGGGAAUUUUGGAAAGAUGUAUAGGAAUCAUUUUACCUUGAGCAAAAAUAAAGCAUUUAUAUUUUCACCUCCAAAAAUUAUUUAUAUUAAAUUUGACAAAACAUAGCUCCAUCAAGUAAUAUUAAGCAACUUUCUAGUGAAAGCAUUUCUACUGCACUCAUCGUAACAGAAGACUGCAGAAAGAGUUUCUUUUGCAGGAGUAGCAAAAGAUUGACUUCCUGUACUGUCAUGGUUCAUUUUCCGACAGACACGCGCAUGCAUGCACGCACGGACACAUGAACACACACACUUAAUUCUCCAAGCUCACAGUGAUCUCUUUGGCACAAAAGAGAUUUUAGUCUGACUCAUCUGAUAAAAACUAACUACGUGUUAAGUGUCCAGGCUCACACUCCCAUCAGACUGCCCUCUGCCUCAGUCGCGUUAAUGGACAUUUUUGUAAAGGUUACUCAAAUUACGCUGUGAGCUGCAGCUCAUUCCAUUUUGUUUGUUCCAUUCUGUUUUUUGCUGCAACUUUUCCCGCUCCAGCCACUUAGUGUCAUUCACAGCGGACCCUUGUGAAACUCACGAUCUUUCCCAAAACACUGUACUUGUUACAAAUGAUGGAAAAUCCUAAUCAAUCCGUGUUGUGUGAAGUGACUUGACUAUUCUCAUCUGAAACGUCCAGAAGCAUGUAAUGUAUGCAUGUAACUGAAAGUGUAAUGAAUUAAAAAAAGAUCACAGCCCCA